CAACAAUAAACGCUGGACUCGAUGAAGAAGCUGUGACACAUAUGGAAUGAAGUGUACUAAUAUGUGUCGCAGUAGUGAAAUGGCCGAUGAACAAAUGAAGAAAAUCGAAAAGACUGAAGACUAUGAAGAAAUUGAAACAUUUUAUAAAGAGAAGAAAGCGAAGCAUGGAUACAAACAAAGGAGAAGAUCAAUGACUGGUAACAAUACAGCAAAUAUAACGUGCAAAUAUUGUGGUAGAAUUCACAAAAAGGGGACUCGAUUCUGCCCUGCUUAUGGUGUGUUGUGUAACGCUUGCCAUAAGAAAAAUCACUUUGCUGUUGUUUGUAAACAAACUAAUCGAAAACUAUACUCUGCUAAUAAAUAUGUCAAUAAAUCAAGCGACUCUGCUUAUAAUUUUGAGACUAUUGGAAGUAUUCAGUCUAGAGGUGUUUGCUGGUUUGUUAAUUUGAAAUUACAUGCGAAAGGUGGUCGAAAACCAGUUUUGUUUAAAUGUAUGCUCGAUAGCGGCUCAACCAGUAAUGUGAUAAGCUUCAAUGGUUGUAAGGUCCUAGGCACAAAAAAUCCAGCUUCACAAGAAAGUAGUGUAACACUGAAGUUUUAUGAUGGUAGCUUGCUGAAGCCGAUUGGUCAAUGUAACUUUCUAUGCCAACACAACGGUAAGAAUUACAUGUUGUCUUUCAUUGUUGUGGAAAGAGGCCCACAUCCGUUGCUUUCAGCUCAGACUUGUGAAAGUUGA